AUGGAGCCACGAUGGGGCAUUCUGGCGACGGACGGCAUCGCCGAGACAUUCAUGAAAGAUCUGCUCGUCGACCCCACCACCUGCAACGUCACCUUGAUCAAACAUACCGUCGUCGCAGCGGCAACUGCCUCUGGACCCGCGCGUGCUCAAGACUUUCUGAGAAACAUAGGCGAGACCAUUGCCGCGGGACGACUGGGCACCCUGCAGCGAGUCUUUGCAGACAACUCCCUGGACCUCCGUUCCGAGGACACCUUCCCUCGCGACCAUCGCAUGGUGAACGCCGACUUAGCCGGCGGCGUCCUGCUCGACAUGGGAAUAUACAGCUUGACCUGGCUCUUCCAGACCUUAUGUACCACGCAGACCCCUCCGUCGGAGACAAGCAGCAGGGUGAACAAAACAGCCACCGUGGUGCUCACCUUCCCUCGCGACGCCACGCAAGGGGGAGAAAUGUUUGGGAUCGCGACGACCAGCUUCCGCGUGGCGAACGGCAUCGACGGCCAGGGCACCAGCGGGCCCGCCCCGGGGCCGGGUCGGGGGAGUGGUUGGUACAACGGAUACUCCGUUGCGGGGAUGGGGGCCGAGGGUUACGGUAUGUUCUGGAAGGCGGACAAGGCGGACGAGGCGGCCAUGGCGGUUGUGGAGGGGGGGAAAGAGGGUCGUGCGUUGGGGCUGGACGGGUCAGUCCUCAUCAUGCAGGUGAUGGACGAGGUGCGUAGGCAGAAUGGUUUGGUCUAUCCUUCGGGCAUUGAGGCUACGAGUUGA